AUGAAAAGAAAAAAUUAUUCACAAAAAGAAACUCAAGAAACUCAGGUACUAGACCUUUUGGAUUUACCAGAAAAAUGUGCUCAAGAUAAAAAAAGAAGGUUACUGACAGAAAAUAAUUUUGACAAUUCAAAUGAAGGUGAAAACAAUGAAGAAUCGAAAAAGAGUAAAAAAAAGAUUACAAUAACCGAUAAGCAUGAAAGGCUAAUACGUUAUACCAGUAAAAAUAUUCCAAAAAUGUUAAAAAAAUAUUGGAUAAAACGUUUUGAUCUAUUUCAUAAUUAUGAUGAAGGAAUUCUUAUGGAUGAAGAAGGUUGGUAUUCAGUUACUCCUGAAGCCAUCGCGACACAAAUUGCCGAACGUUGUCGAUGUGACGUGAUUAUCGAUGCAUUCUGUGGAGUGGGUGGAAAUGCUAUUCAAUUCGCAAAGACUUGUCAAAAAGUAAUUGCAAUUGAUAUUGAUGAAACAAAAAUAAUUUGUGCCAAAAAUAAUGCACAAAUUUAUGGAGUCGAAGAUCGAAUCGAAUUUAUUUUAGGUGAUUAUUUUAAAUUAAUUCCUAAAUUGAAAGCUGAUGUGGUUUUCCUUAGUCCUCCUUGGGGUGGACCAUCUUAUCGAGAACAAAAAGUUUUUAAUCUUAAGACCAUGAUGUCGAUAGAUGGAGAAAAAUUAUAUCAUGAAACCACCAAAAUUACCAAUAAUAUAUCAUAUUAUAUUCCUCGUAAUACGAAUCCUCAACAACUUGCAAACUUUACAGGGAAUGGUAAAACCUGCGAAGUACAACAAAUAUAUAUGGACGAAAUAUUUAAAGCACAAGUGGCUUAUUAUGGUGAUUUAAAAUGUAUUGACGAAUAA